UCCAGACAGUGUCAGAUGACUUCAUCGUCUCUGACAGCGUUUCCACGAGAGUGUGUUGAAGAGAGGGGGCGGGUUCCUGACUGCAGUACAAAAAGACAAGCCCCCAUCGUUUCUUCAGACUCAAGCAGCAGAGCUGAAGCAACAGAGACCUGCUCUUUACGCCUGACAACCACCGUUAAAAGUAUGAUUUGUGUGUCCGUUUUCCUGCUGCUGACCCUGACCAGAGCGGGGCUCGGCUCCCUGCAGGAGAAGCAGAAUGACUUUGGCCUGAAGGUCUUCUCUCAGGUGGCUGAGGACUCCGUGGAUCAGAACCUGGCCUUGUCGCCGUAUGGUGUUGCCUCUGUCAUGGCCAUGGCGCAGCUUGGCGCUGAUGGAGACACCUACAGGGCCUUGACUGCAGCCAUGGGCUUUUCUCUGAGAGAUCGCGGGAUGCCUCGGCAGCAGCGGUUCCUGCAGCGGGACCUGGCCAGUGAGGAAGGGGUAAAUAUUGCCAGUGGGGUGAUGGUGGAAAGAAAGAUGAGCCUGGAAAAGGGAUACCGCCGGGCCCUGGCCAAGACCUUCCAGACCUACCCCCACCAGGUGGACUUCACAAAGUCAGACCAGGCUGUCAACAUCAUCAAUGCCUGGGUCUCUGACCACACUGCAGGUUCGAUCCAGGACUUCUUGGCAUCUGGAUCUCUGAGUGAUGAGACCCGCAUGGUCCUCCUGAAUGCCCUCCAUUUCCAGGGCCUGUGGAAGGUUCCCUUCAACCCCAAACUGACACAGGAGAGGAUGUUCCACUGCGCCAACGGCAGCAAGGUGCCAGUACCAAUGAUGAGACUCACAAACCGCUUCAACUAUGGGGAAUUUGUGACUUCUGAUGGGGUGGACUACGAUGUGAUUGAAGUGCCAUAUGAGGGCGACACAUUGAGCAUGCUGCUGGUGUCACCUUUUGAGCACGAUGUGCCACUGGGCAUGCUCAGUGCAGAUCUGAGCAGCCAGAAAAUUAGGCAGUGGAGGUCCGAGAUGAGGAAGGUCAACCGGCAGCUGGCCAUGCCGAGGUUUUCUCUGAACUCUGAAGUGAACAUGAAGACUGCUCUGCAUAAGAUGGGACUGGGAGACAUGUUCAACCUGGCCACUGCUGACUUCACACGGAUAACCUCUGAUGAGAGGCUCUGCGUGUCCAAAGUCCUGCAGAGAGUAACGAUUGAGGUGAACGAACAAGGAACCAAGGCAGCAGCUGCCACAGCUGCCGUGAUGUUCUCUCGCAUGGCCGUGGAGGAGAUCAUACUGGACCGACCAUUCCUCUUUCUCAUUCAGCACAAGUCCACAGGUGUCGUUCUCUUCAUGGGUCACUUCAACCAACCGGAACAUCAGUGAUUUUCAUGAUGAACUGCUGUCGUCCCACUGUGUGAGACUCCUGCUGCUCAGAACCUCGUGUUAAGGACCCGACACAAGACCUGCAGGACUCAGAAAACUCUACGACUCCCCCGAGUUUUCCUCAUGAACAACAGCUGAAAGGACAUUUGUUCAACACUGACUGAGACUUCGACGAGAGUUUGUUUGUUUACUGUUAUUUAUUUAUAUGAAGGUUUAUUUUU